AUGAUGUUCAGAAAUACCACCGCUGCCCGCCGUUCAGCUUCUGCUGUUGCUAAGAGAGCUUUGUCCACCAAGGUUCUUGGUGCCGCUGCCCGUCCAACUAUUGCUAGCCGUGUCGUCACCAAGACCACUGCUCAAAUUGCCGCUACCAGAGGUAUCAAAAACAUCAACUUUGGCGGUGUCGAAGAAGUUGUCCACGAAAGAUCCGACUGGCCUCGUGAAAAAUUGCUUGAAUACUUCAAGAACGAUACUUUGGCCCUUAUCGGUUACGGUUCCCAAGGUUACGGUCAAGGUCUUAACAUGCGUGACAAUGGUCUUAACGUCAUCAUUGGUGUUAGAAAGAAUGGUGCUUCUUGGAAGGCCGCCAUUGAAGAUGGCUGGGUCCCAGGUGAAAACUUGUUCGACGUCAACGAAGCCGUCACCAGAGGUACUUACGUCAUGAACUUGUUGUCCGACGCUGCCCAAUCCGAAACUUGGGAAUCUAUCAAGCCAUUGAUCACCCCAGAAAAGACCCUUUACUUCUCCCACGGUUUCUCCGUCAUCUUCAAGGACUUGACCAAGGUUGAAACUCCAAAGGACGUCGACGUCAUUUUGGUUGCUCCAAAGGGUUCCGGUAGAACUGUCAGAUCUCUUUUCAAGGAAGGUAGAGGUAUCAACUCUUCUUUCGCUGUUUUCAACGAUGUCACUGGUAAGGCCCAAGAAAAGGCUUUGGCUUUGGCUAUUGCCGUUGGUUCUGGUUACGUUUACGAAACCACUUUCGAAAAGGAAGUUGUCUCUGAUCUUUAUGGUGAAAGAGGUUGUCUUAUGGGUGGUAUCCACGGUAUGUUCUUGGCCCAAUACGAAGUUCUUAGAGAAAACGGUCACUCCCCAAGUGAAGCUUUCAAUGAAACCGUUGAAGAAGCUACCCAAUCUCUUUACCCAUUGAUUGGUAAGUACGGUAUGGACUACAUGUACGAUGCUUGUUCCACCACUGCCAGAAGAGGUGCUUUGGACUGGUACCCAAUCUUCAAGGAUGCUUUGAAGCCAGUCUUCCAAGACUUGUACGAAUCUGUUAGAAACGGUUCCGAAACUCAAAGAUCUUUGGACUUCAACUCUCAACCAGACUACAGAUCCAAAUUGGCUGAGGAAUUGGAUAUUAUCCACGAUAUGGAAAUCUGGAAGGUUGGUAAGGAAGUUAGAAAAUUGCGUCCAGAAAACAACUAG